AUUAUUGUUCUCUUUUUCUGCUACCUACUUGAAUGACCGUAACGAGAUUUAGUGAUUUGUAGAAUUCCAUCUCAGUUGGUCGUGUUUCUGUUUAUUCCCGCAACAACGUUCAGACAACCAGUCGUCAUGCGUUUGGCAAUCGCUGUUCUAGCAGUUAUACUUGUUAUCGGAGUCGUCCAGGCGAGUCCUGCCAAGGAAAAGCCAACGAGCAAGUGUAAUGCAGCGUGCACAGAUGACUAUACGCCGGUAUGCGGCGGGGUCAAGGGCAGCAAGGAUAAACCCAUCAGUUUUGGAAAUGAAUGCGUUUUGCAGAAGUACAACUGCGAGAACAAAAAGAGUUUGAAUGUGCUGUCUCAAGGUGAAUGUCCCGGAGGCGGUGGCGUGAGACUGCAGUAAAGAAGAGAAGCGGAAAAAAAUUGAGGGCUGAAUAUCGCAUGACUUCUAAUCACACAAAAAUUGCCUAUAACGCACAUUUUUCUACUCGUUCAUCAAUUAUGUAUGUUUAAUAAAUCGGGCAAAUUAUUAAUCUAA